CGCAGAUUUACCUCCCAUGUGCCGUCACAACUCUGCGCUGAUCCCUGCCUGCAUUCCAGCUGGGAUCUGUUGCUCUCCUGAACAUUCCUACCCCUUGCUUCAAGCACGUUUGUUACUUGGGUCGAGGGUGCUGCUCUUGCUGCAAUCGUCCUGUCCAAGUCUCUCCUUCAAUUUCUGGCUUCUUCUCUGGCAGAAGAAAAGAACGAGCCUGCGUGAGUAAUGUGAAGAAUCCAUGCUCUUCUCAACGGAUUUCGCUUCGGGAGGAGCUACUCCAUCCUCAAUCCUUCUCCGCACGAUCAUCGCGUCGUUGCUUCUGUUGCUAUGCAGCCUGCAGCAAGCCGUCGCCGAGGUUGAUGCUGUCUUCAGAUCUAGACCUGAUCUUUAUUCCCCGGUCUUGACUUUGGAACAUUCCGUUUCGCACAAACUCAGCCCCGGAUACAUUUUUCUCGGUCCUUACGAGGCGGAUAACUCGGGACCUUAUAUCUAUGAUAAUGCGGGGAAUCUAGUAUGGAGCGGUUGGGGGAAUUCCGGCCCCGGUAAUGCCCACGGCAUGCACGUAUGCCAAUACAAAGGAACGGAUCAUCUUUGCUUCUUCCAGGGCAUCCAACAGAAUGGCUACUGUCGAGGCCAUGGGGUGAUCAUGGACAACCAGUAUCGCAUCGUGAAGACGGUCCUCCCCGGCGGCGGGAUGGCGUCCAGCGACAUGCACGAAUUUAAGCUCAUCAAUGACGGCAAGACUGCGUUGAUGACCGUCUAUCAGCAGCGGCAGUUUGACAUGAGUCUGUGGAACGUCAAGACGGGCAUGGGGUGGCUAAUGGAGAGCAUCUUCCAGGAGGUGGACGUCGAAACGAACGAGGUGCUGUUCGAGUGGAAAUCGCUGGACCAUGUCGAUCCGUCCGCCAGCUACACCUACCCCGGCGCCACAGAUACCUCGGGCACCGGGUUUGAGGCGCGCUCGCCUUGGGAUUACUUCCACAUCAACUCGGUUGACAAGAACCGCGAUGGUGACUACUUGAUUUCUUCGCGCCACACGUGUGCCAUCUACAAGAUCUCGGGGCGUGACGGCUCCGUCAUCUGGCAGCUGCACGGGGCGAAUCCGUCCUUCGAGAACAUCAACUUCAGCUUCUCGCAGCAGCAUGACGCCCGCUGGCUCAGCGAGAACGCCACGCACACGCUCCUGACGCUCUACAACAACGGCUACAACGGCUUCAACCAAACCCACGGCUACUCGUCCGGCAUGACCAUCCUUGUCAACCAUGUCAACCACACGGCCGAGCAGCUGCACGACUACGCUCCGAUGGGACAUAACAUGCUCAGCUCCAGCCAGGGCAACAUGCAGACGCUGGGUAAUGGCAACGUCUUCAUCGGUUGGGGCAACAACGCCUACAUCUCGGAGCACGACGCCAACGGCGAGCUGCUGCUCUGGGGCUACCUGGACAAGGACCGGAUCAUGAACUACCGCGCGCAGAAGUUCGAAUGGGACGGGAUGCCCACGGACGUGCCGGCGCUGUGGACAUACUCGCCGUCGAGCGAGGCCUUCGCGCCCACGACCUUCUACGCCAGCUGGAACGGAGCCACGCGCGUGCGGUCGUGGCGGUUCUACGGCGCGACGAACCGCACGGGCCCGUACGAGCUGCUGAAACAGACGGCCAAGAGCGGGUUCGAGACGGAGUAUCGCGACCCGCACUUCUACCAGUGGACGUACGCCGAGGCGGUGGACCUGCAGGGCCACGCGCUGGGACGGUCGCCGGCGAAAUUCACCUUCACGCCGUCGCCGCAGCUGCAAGCGUACUGCCAUGACGAGGUCUGCGACGAGGCGACCUCAUACGGGGUGCCCGGCGAGGACGCCGCGGCGGCAUCCGUGCCCCCGGCGGGGAUCAACACGGUCCCCUGGGUUGAUCCCGAGCAUCCGCAGGCUCAUUACGGAAGUGUAAUAUCGUCCGAGACAUCCCCAGACGGAGGGUCAGCAACGGCGCCGGCGAUCGUGCAAGAAACUUAUCAGCGCGUGGGAUGGGUAGGACCCGCCUUGGGAGUGGUGAUCGUCGCGGCGGGGGUGUUUGCGGCGUUGCGGAUAUAUCGACGGCGGCGGUCGGUCUACCAGUAUCACACUCGGCGCCAAUCCCCUCGCUUACCUCUUAGAUCCUCGCCCUCGAUGCCGCCACGAACGGCGUCCCAAGGCACCGGUCGUCAGUCGUUCACGGGCAGUGCCUCGCCCUUAUCUCCCGGCUUCCCUCCCGCCGCCACGCCCUCCUCCCAUCUCAGCCAGAACAAGAACCGGAAUGCCCGCCACACCCGCACCACUUCCUGGACAACCGGUCACAACACGAACACCGACUCCUCCACCCAGCAGCGCCGUCGUCGCGAGUCUAACGUCUCCCUCGACGACCUCUCCGAGGGCUCCAACCUCUCUCCCGCCGACGACGCUCCGGCCGGCAUGGCCCUGAGGAACACCUCCCUCGACUACCCCAGUCAUGUUCGCAGUCGCUCGCAAAGUCACCCGCAAACCACCGUCCUGACGCCGCCGCCGGACCCCAUGGCGCCUCCGCCGUCCCGGCCCGGCCCCGUCACCUGGAUGUCGCUGCCGCAGAAGAAACAACUGGCCCUGCUGGGCCUGUGUCGCGUGUUCGAUUUCCUGCAGAUCGCCUCCCUGCAGGCCUACAUGUUCUACCAGCUCAAGUCCUUCGACGAGAACCUGUCCGACUCGGACGUCUCGACGCAGGCCGGCAUCCUGCAGGGCGCCUUCACCGCGGCGCAGUUCGCCACGGCUAUCCCUUGGGGUCGCGUCGCCGAUGCCGAAUGGGGUGGUCGCAAGUUCGUCCUGCUGGUCGGUUUGCUGGGUACCGCCGCCUCGUGUCUCGGUGUCGCUUUCUCGACUUCCUUUGCGCAGGCUGUCUUUUGGCGAUCGUUCGGUGGGGCUAUUAACGGUACCGUGGGUAUUAUUCGGACCAUGAUCGCCGAGAAUGUGAAGGAGAAGAAGUAUCACUCGCGCGCGUUUUUGAUCCUGCCCAUUGGGUUUAAUAUUGCGUCGUUGUUUGGGCCUGUGAUGGGCGGUAUGCUGUCCGAUCCCGUCAAGAGUUAUCCGCGACUGUUCGGCCCGGACUCUUCGUUUGGCGGCCAGACCGGCGUCCAGUGGCUGAUCACGUAUCCUUAUGCUCUGCCGAUGUUGGCCAAUUCGAUCUUUCUGUCGUUCGCCGCGGUUUGCGUGGCCAUGGGCUUGGAAGAGACUUUGGACGCCUGCAAAGGAAAGCCCGGCCUGGGUGUCUUCACCAUGAGAAUCUUCUCUCGCGGCAUGAAAUCCGUCGUGCCGUCGUCGUCCGGCAUCUAUCAGCGACUGCCCUUCGCCGACUACGACGAGGAGCCCCUUCUGCGUCGGGACCCGACCGAAAGCUACGAACUCGAAGAGAAGGCCACCAAGCCAGCCCGACACGCUCACUCGUUGCCUUUCCGCCAAUUGUGGACCAAGAAUGUGUUGUGUACGCUGCUGGCGCAGGCCUUCUUCGAUUUCCAAAUGGGUGCAUUCAACAACCUCUGGCUGCUGUUCCUCUCGACUCCCCGUUACGACUUCAACGACCCCGCUAGCCCCCAGCAAAGGCUCCCUUUCAUCUUCACCGGCGGCCUCGGCAUGCUGCCCCAGAGUGUCGGCUUCGCCACGGCCAUCCUCGGCAUCAUCGGCAUGCUCCUCCAGUUCACCAUCUAUCCGGCCAUUAACAGCCGCCUGGGCACCGCCAAAAGCUAUCAGUACUUCCUGACCCUCUUCCCCGUGGCUUACGCCUUCGCUCCCUACAUCGCGCUGGCGCCCUCCAGCACCCCGCCCCCGGGCCAGGCCAACGGCUCGUGGGUCUGGUUCUCCAUCAUCGUGGUUCUCUUCCUGCAAGUCACCGCGCGCACAUUCACCCUGCCCACGUCCAUCAUCCUGCUGAACAACUGCUCCCCGCAUCCCUCCGUGCUCGGCACCAUCCACGGCAUUGGCCAGUCCGUCUCCUCGGCCUUCCGCACCGUCGGGCCCAUCUUCUCGGGGUCCUGGUAUGGGUAUGGUUUGGAGAUCGGGAUGGUCGGGUUCGCUUGGUGGUUGGUGGCUCUGGUUUCGGUGUUUGGUUGCGUGGCGGCUAUCUUUGUUUACGAGGGUUCGGGGCAUGAGAUUCUUCUUCCUGGUGAAGAGGAGGACUUUCGUCAUUGAUUGACAUGUAUAUAUAGAUAUAUAUGUACUCUGUAUAUACUAGAUCUUUUGUUGAUUAUAGAUUUAAUCUUGACUUGU